UACAUCAUGGAUAUCAUUUCUCCAAAAUUGUAUAGGCUGAUCAAUGGAAUCGCUCACGAAACGGCCUGCAAGAUUGAAAACUCAACUUUAUAUAGUUUAAGUAAUCUAAAGCGCCAAGUUCAAGACCCUCCGGCAGAUUGGUUGUCGAACGAUAAUAUUGUUCUUUCACGUGUUUCGAAGAAGCAAAAGAAAUAA